AUGAGAACAUCCCGGGGGCCCGGCGGUUCCCACCCGGCGGGAGGGCUCGGCUCGGCUCGGCACGGGACAGCGGGUCCCUGUAAAGAGCGGCCUCAGCGGCGGCUGGGUACUUGUUCUUUUUACAGGAUGAGAGCCCAUGCCUACUGUGAAGACUUUCUACUCCCAAAGGUUUGCAGGACCACGGUAGACCUGUGGUCGGUUUACUCCAAGCCUGUCCCAGCAAACGGCAGAGAGCUGUGGACCUUGUUUCUGCAGUGUUCAUGCAUUACAGUGGUGAUAGGAGGCCUCUUUUACAACUGGAUGUUUGCUUCCCUGGAAUACUCCUGGCAUCUCUCCAUUGCCAUGGCCAUGUCCUUCAGUCCGCUCCUUCUCCUGACCCUUUUCUUGGUGCAUCCUGCCCGUUGUGUCUUCAGUAUGAUCAUGCCUACGUUAGGUACCAAACAAGGCCGGAAGCUUCUCUUGUCAACCUGCAUCAUGAUAGUAGUGAUUAACGUAACACCCAACAUCAUAAGCAACAUUAAAACCAUACUGCAGGUUUUUAAGUGCAUCUGCAAGAAUUCCUCUGAGAGUCUUUUGAACUCAACUGCUCUGCUAGCAACAGCUUCCUGGGAGUUUGGGGGUGCAAUCCAAGAAAGCAUGAAUUCCAUUAAUAUUUAUAGGCCUAUGAAUGGACAUUUUCAGUUUUCAUUGCUUAAGAACAGCUCCUUUAUUUACCAACAAAUGCACCUUGCUGGUGAGAAAAUUGGGAGGGACCUUUUGGCUGUUGAGGUACUGGUCAAAGACUCUGUACAAGUAGGCAACAAGCUGGUUGCUGGCUUCUCCGUGCUCUAUCUUUGUUUUGAGUCCACCUGGUAUUUGAAAAAUUAUCUCACCAACCUCCGCUUUGACAAUUUUUACAUCACCAAGAAGUUGGAACGUUUAGCUGUGGCCAGAAAAGCAGCUCACCUGCUGGUGGGCUCAUCCAAAACCCUCAUUCGACCAACAGGCUUGAAGUUGUCCCGGGAAGAAGUGAUGCUGUGCCUCGUGCAAGCCAUGCUCCUCACCGUGGCCCUGAUGCUGAUGCUGGUGGUCGUGGCAAUGGACCACUUUGCAUUUAGUGUGGCAGACACCGCGGUGAGAAAGGCAGCUCAGUUCUCCACAGUGCCUGUCACUCUCAGCAUUAAAUACCGUGUAAGUGCUGGUGUCCCCUCUCCUUCCCUGUAAUUACCACUUCAGGACUUUGAAGGAAGUUACCAGCAUUAUCUGACCUUCAGCUCUGCCCACUGCAGGGUCAGUCCCCCAAAGCCUCCCAACCCCUCUGUGCUGCUUGUUGUGGGGCUGCUCUUCUGCAUCCUGUAUGCCACCGUAUUCCUGGAAACCUAUGCACACCGCCUGUGCAGAAAAAUCGCAGGCUCCUUCUUCGAGAGCUGGGAGGAGAAGCGAGCACUUUAUCUCUACAAGAAGCUGUCCAGAAAGCACAAGGAGGAGCAAAACUGCAUGAGAAACUAA